UAUGACAUUAUUAUCAUAAUAAUCCUAAUAAGUUUGUGCAAUUGUUCUUAUAUAUUAUUGCACUUACAGGCCACUCAGUGUCUGGUUGCCGGUCUACAGGAUCCGUGCAACCAUGAUGUUUGCCGGAACCAUGCCCCGUGCGCAGUAUUGCUUACAGAUUCCGUAGUCUGGCAUCACGAAAACUGCUUUGCCUGCUACAACUUGUACAACAGGUUACCUGUUCGACGGAGCAGUCUGUUAAGCAUGCUGCACUCGCCACCCUCAAGAUCUGGGUUGGAGGUUUUGGACGGAACGUAGGGAAAGCUAAGCCGUAUAUUUUACCUCAAGAUAUGGCAGCCUUCCCAGCCGGGAAAUCUGCCGGAUACGUUGACCCAAAAGUCGCAGCACCAAUUAUCAAAUCAAUUCAAGAUUCAGUUAUGGAACAGCAAGAGGCAGAGUUGCUGGACCUUGGUUUGGAAGGAGUCUCACUUGAAGUAGUGAGGAUUUACCCGUUACACUAGAUAUGGGUACAGACUAUGAGUGAUCUACCAGAUGCAGGGGAGGAUUUGCCUCCAAGGAGUCGCAGCUUGCGAGUAAGACAAGCACGAGUUGACUACUCAGAAGAUGAGUUUGAAGAAGAUAGCAAGAAAAUUAGUCAGAAGAAACGAGGAUCCAAGAGGAAAGCUGAGGUAAAUAUUGAAAGCUUAUAUUGUCAGGAGAAUGCAAAAGAUGUCUGUGUCUGCCCAUCAUUACUUGAGACUAUUUUUGAGUCGCCCAUAAAAGGACUCAAUCGUAUUCGCAAUAAAAAUGUAAGGGCUCCAGGGAGAGUUAGUGAAACAGGACCUGAAUUGCAAAUGAUGAGUGUCAAAAAGUGGAAAAGAUUUUGUGCUUUUGCUGACUAUUAUCAUCCCUCUAAACAAAAAGUUAAGGUACGAAAAGAUCGUGCAAAAAAAAUGAAACAAUUGACUGGAGUGAAAGUUCCCAAAGGAAUGGUUUCUGAUGAUGCACUGAAGACAGUUCUUGCUGUGUUGUCAGAUGAGGAAGAUCAACCUGAGAAUACUCAGAAUACUUCACUCUGUAAAAGCUCUUCAGAUUUUUAUGUUGGCAACAUUAUUAGGCCUGAUAGUGAAGACUCAUCUUUAAAUGAUGUAAUAAGAAAUAUAUCAUCACUGAAGAUGGUUACAGAUAGGUCUGAUGAAAGACACCUAUCACCUAAUGCCUUAAUGGAAGGUAUGGAUGAACCUUUACUCUUUGCUGAUGAGAAACAAAAUAUACUUCCUGCAGUGUCCCACCAGAAGAAGUCAAGGCGGCGUUCAGAGAAGUUUUCAGGUAUAUUACUGCCCCGUUCAGUAAAGAGAAUAGAUGAGGAGUCAGAGGCUCUUUCACAUGGUGAUAGUGGUGUCAAAGCUAUGGGUUCGGCAAGAAUUAUGAUAGAAGAAAAUUCAGAGUGGUUUGAACAAGAUGAAAUGAAAGAAGUUAAAACAACUCCAAAGCGAAGAAAUGUUUUGAGUGAUAAAAAAGUAGUAAAGAAGCCAAAACAUCACGAACUUACCUUGAAGAGACAAAGUGAAUCUAAAGAUGAUCAGUGUCAAAAGAAGAGAGGUGAUGUGAAGCUUAAUGUGACUAAAUUUAAUUCUAAUAUCCAGGUGCAUGAACAUGAUACAGAAAAUAAUUUUAGUAAGAAAAGAAAUACUAUAAAAUUUGAUGUUGAAAAUUCUUUUGGUAUAGCAAGUAUAUUACCAUGUAAUGAAAUAUCAUUGACACAACAAUAUUCCGACCUGAGGUUUGAAGCAAAUAAGCAAAAUAAGUCUGGAGUUGGGAGGAAACCAGGAAAACGUCGUGUAUCUGGUGUACAGCGGCCUCUCUAUAGAAAAUUAAUUGAGCCUCAAACCCCAGAAGUUUUGAAGAGUCAGAACCAGUCCCCAAAUAAUAGUAGUAGUAGCAGUUCCUCUCCAUUACUUUGCUUUAAUAAUGCUGAUGAACAGGUAAUUGAGAAUAGUACAAAAUUUGCUGAACAUGACAUAGUUCAGCAAAAUACUUUGAAGACAUCAUGCUCACCCACUUCUCCAUGUACUCAAAUGGCUGCUCUUUCCCUUCAAUCUGAAAGAGAUAUGGAAUUUCAUCUAGCUAAAAAUAAUUUAAAGCAUGAGACAUCAAGAAGAGUUACACGUAGAUCUAUGCAGCUUACCAAGUUACCUUUGUCAAAAAAUCCGUCGUCACCUUUGUCGACUAGGGUACCAAAUUGUUCAGAUAAUGAUGGGAGAGCAGGCUGUAGCAGUUCUUAUAAUAGCGAUGUACCUGUACACAGGGAUGAUCACUUGCAGGGUGGAAGUGAAGGGUGCAAAUUAUCACAAGAAGUACUCUGUGAUAAUAUAAGUAAGAGUUCAAAUAUACACUCUCAUUCAGACCAAAAAAAGGAAGUAGUUCUAGGAGUUAUUCCCGGUAAAAAAGUGACUGUGAAGAGACACAGUGACUGUAAUGUGGGUCUAAUAGUUACAAAAGGUAGUAAUUGUAUAUCUGAUCAGAGAGCAGAGUCAGCAAGUAAAACUUGUGUCACUAAUGAUUGUUUUCCUGAAAAUGCUCCAACAUAUCUUUCUCCUUGUAAGGAAAAUAUAGCAUUGAAUAUGUUGAAUAUUAGGGGUCAAGUAACCCCACAAAUAUUUGAGAAUGGUAGUGUGAAUGUUGCAACUUCUAGAGCAACACCAGAGAUCUCCAAAUGUAGUUUGGACAUGAAGAGGCCAGAAAAUGUUAAAGUUGGUGAGUCUUGUGAGACAAAGAUUGCAAACAAGGUAUUGUGUCUAGAAGAUGAAGAUUUUGACUCUCCUAUUAUUACUGGCAUGAUUGGUAACAAAGCAAAUAUCAAGUGUGGAAAAAUUUAUCGCAAUAGGUUAUCAACUGCUGAGAGCCCCAUUAUCCUUGCACAGUUAGCUAAACAUAAGUCAAAGGAAAGUAUUUUGAAUUAGACUAUACAUACGUAUGUCAGAGUACAUACAGCAUGCAGUCUUAUUUAUGACCCAAAUUGCUUCAAAAUAGCCAGCGUUGGAAGAUCGCAUUUAUUAAUGUACUGAUUAGUUCUAGAGGGGAAAAUCCACUGAAAGAAAUUUAUGAUUUUGACUUGCACAUUUUUUUCUACUACUACAUCAUACUAAAAGUGCCCUAUAUGGUAUCUUAAUUGUAUGAACAUGAAAUAAGAAAGAUCUCUCGUACAUUUUUACAUUUACUGUACUUUUUCAUAUACUACUGUAUUAAUAACAUGGAAUUAUGUUCUUUUAGGUACUGAUGCCUUUUAUGUAAUAUAGUAGUUUGAUUUAAUAUUUUAACUAUCUUUUAAUUACAAAUGGUUUUUUAUUAUAUGUAUCAUAUCAUCCACUGUAAAUAUUUCCCAUUAAAAAAUUAUCUGUUAUUUAUCUAUCAUGGAAAUAGUUAUAUUUUUUGUGUAUUAUUAACAUUACACUCUUCCUUCCAUGUUAUGCAAAACCUCAAUGUACUGUUAGAGUGCUCGAUAUCAUGCUUUGUAUUAUGUAAUGCUUCAUGUCCAGGAAUUUAAGUGAAACAAAAAAUAUUUGCAAAUUUUAUUAAAAGUACCUACUGUAUACAUUUGGAAUGACUAGGUGAAAAUAUAUACCCCGAUGCUGAUUUUAUAUUCACAUCAUCUGGUAUUUGGUCUUUGAUAAACUUUGGAAGUUGGUGGGAGUGUGAAUAUUUCAUAACAGCAGUAGCAAUUACAUUUAUGUACAAUCAACCCUGGGUUACCAAUUGUUUGGUCUAUUUUUUUUUCUUA